AUGAAGAAGUUCUCUCGGAUGCCCAAGUCGGAGGGCGGCGGCGGCGGCGGCGGGGCGGCGGGCGGCGGGGCGGCCGUGGCUGGCGGCGGCGGCGGCGGCGGCGGCUUCGCAGCCUCGUCCGUGGGGGUCCGGGUGUUCUCGGUCGGCCGCCACCAGGUCACCCUCGAGGAGCCGCUGGCCGAAGGUGGAUUCUCCACAGUUUUCCUGGUGAGGACUCAUGGUGGAAUCCGAUGUGCAUUGAAGAGAAUGUAUGUCAAUAACAUGCCAGACCUCAAUAUUUGUAAAAGGGAAAUUACAAUUAUGAAAGAACUUUCUGGCCACAAAAAUAUUGUUGGUUAUUUGGACUGUGCUGUUAACUCAAUUAGUGAUAAUGUAUGGGAAGUACUUAUCUUAAUGGAAUAUUGUAGAGCUGGGCAGGUUGUGAACCAGAUGAAUAAGAAGCUACAGACAGGUUUCACAGAGCCAGAGGUACUGCAGAUCUUCUGUGACACCUGCGAAGCUGUUGCAAGGCUACAUCAGUGCAAGACUCCAAUAAUUCACCGAGACCUCAAGGUAGAAAAUAUUUUGUUAAAUGAUGGUGGAAAUUAUGUACUUUGUGACUUUGGCAGUGCCACAAAUAAAUUUCUUAAUCCUCAAAGAGAUGGAGUGAAUAUGGUAGAAGAAGAAAUUAAAAAGUAUACGACUCUGUCAUACAGAGCUCCAGAGAUGAUUAACCUGUAUGGAGGGAAACCCAUCACCACCAAGGCUGAUAUCUGGGCCCUGGGAUGCUUACUGUACAAACUUUGUUUCUUCACGCUUCCUUUUGGUGAGAGUCAAGUUGCUAUCUGUGACGGGAGCUUUACCAUCCCAGACAAUUCUCGAUACUCCCAUAACAUGCAUUGCUUAAUCAGAUUCAUGCUUGAACCAGACCCUGAACAUAGACCUGAUAUAUUUCAAGUGUCCUAUUUUGCAUUUAAAUUUGCCAAAAAAGAUUGUCCAGUCUCGAACAUUAAUAAUUCUUCUAUUCCUUCUGCUCUUCCUGAACCCAUGACUGCAAGUGAAGCAGCUGCUAGGAAAAGCCAAAUAAAAGCCAGAAUAACAGAUACCAUUGGACCAACAGAAACCUCAAUUGCACCAAGACAAAGACCAAAGGCCAACUCAACUACUGCCACUCCCAGUGUGCUGAACAUUCAAAGUUCAGCAACACCUGUGAAAGUCCCUACUCCUGGUGAAUUCAGUAACCACAGGCCAAAAGGAGCACUGAGAUCUGGAAGUGGCCCUGAGGCUUUGAUGGGUCUGUGCCCCCCUCAGCCACCACCACAGCAGCAUCGAGUACUCCAACAACUACAGCAGGGAGACUGGAGGCUGCAGCAACUGCAUUUGCAGCAUCGUCCUUCUCACCACCAUCAGCAGCUUCUUCAAGAUGCCUAUCUGCAGCAGUACCAGCAUGCUGUGCAACAGCAGCAGAUGCUUCAGCAGCAGUUUCUAAUGCAGUCCACGUACCCACCACAGCCUCCUGCGCUACAGUGUCCUACAGUGGUGCAGCAGUACCAGCAGGCUUUCUUGCAGCAGCAGAUGCUAGCUCAGCAUCCUCAGUCUCAGCAAGCAUCUCCUGAGUGUCUGACAUCUCCUCAAGAGUUCACCCCAGCCUUGGUUUCCUACGCUACAUCACUUCCAGCUCAGGUUGGAACCAUAAUGGACUCCUCUUAUAAUGCCAAUAGGUCAGUCGGGGGAAAAGAAGCAGUUGCAAAUUUUACACAUCAGAAGAACAUCAGUCACCCACCUGAUAUGUCGGGGUGGAAUCCUUUUGGAGAAGACAAUUUCUCAAAAUUAACAGAAGAGGAACUCUUGGACAGAGAAUUUGACCUUCUAAGAUCAAACAGGCUCAAGGAGAGAGCACCCUCAGAUAAGAUUGUAGACCCACUUUCCGCUCCACAUAACCAUCCUCCAGAGGAUCCUUUUGGUUCUGUUCCUUUCAUUUGUCAUGCAGGUUCUCCAGAAAAGGAAAUUGAACAUUUGUCUACAAAUCAAAAAAAUAGCACUGUGAACCCUAUCAAGAAUGGAAAAGCUAGUCCACUAUGUAAAGGUCAACACACUGGAAAGAAGACCCCAGAGAAUUCAUCAAUACGGGGUCUAAUGCAGAAGAGGAAUGAGGACUCUGAAAGUGAUUUUGAAUCCGAUCCCCCUUCUCCUAAGAGCAGUGAAGAGGAAGAGCAAGAAGAUGAAGAGGCUCAGGGAGAACAAGGCGAUUUUAAUGAUGAUGACACUGAACCAGAAAAUCUGGGCCAUCGGCCUCUCCUCAUGGAUUCUGAAGAUGAGGAAGAGGAGGAGAAACCCAGCUCGGACUCUGAGUGUGAGCAGGCUGAAGUGCAGUACAGUGUCACAAGUCCUGUGUACAGAGACAAAUCUGGUAGUGGGCUAACCCAAGAUCCUAACACAGCACUUGUCCCCCCAGUCCAUUCACCUUCUGAUGGAGAGAUGCUCAGACAGGAGUUUGAUGUAUUUGGUGCGGUGCCCUUUUCUGCUGUGCGCACGCCACAGCCCCAGGGCAGCGAGAAUGGGAAGAACCUCUCCCAGCAGAGGGUGCCUGCUGGGGGAGCAGAACAAGAGGAAUUUGAUGUGUUCACAAAAGCACCCUUUAGCAAGAAGGCGAAUGUGCAGGACUGCCUCACAGUGGGGACCGAGGUACAUACUCUUUAUGGCAGACCCAAAAGUGUAGAUAUUUUUGGCUGCACUCCUUUUCAGCCCUUUUCCAUACCAACCAGCAAAAGUGAAAGCCAGGAGGACAUUUUUGGGCUUGUGCCCUUUGAGGAAAUAACUGGUAAUCAGCAGCAAAAAGCCAAACAGCGCAGCUUACAGAAACUGUCUUCUCGCCAGAGGCGCACAAAGCAGGAUAUAUCCAAAAGUAAUGGGAAGCGUCACCACGGCACACCAACCAGCACAAAGAAGACUUUGAAGCCUCCCUACCGCACUCCAGAGAGGGCCCGCCGGCACAAAAGAGUGGGCCGCCGAGAUUCUCAAAGCAGCAACGAGCUUUUAGCCAUCUCAGACUCCAAGGAGAACAUCAGUGUCACACUGACAGAUGGCAAAGACAGAGGGAAUGUCCUACAACCCGAGGAGAGUCUGCUGGACCCCUUUGGUGCCAAGCCUUUCCAUCCUCCAGACUUGUCAUGGCACCAGUCACAUCAGGGCCUGAGCGACAUUCGUGCUGAUCACAGCACUGUCCUGCCUGGGCGGCCAAGACAGACUUCACUACAUGGGUCAUUCCAUAGUGCAGAUGGUUUGAAAAUGGAUGACUUUGGUGCCGUGCCCUUUACAGAACUUGUGGUGCAAGGCAUCCCAUCCCAUCAAUCCCACCAGUCCCAACCCGUUGAAUUAGACCCAUUUGGUGCUGCUCCAUUUCCUUCCAAACAGUAGUUACUUCAGACAUGCUUGGCAUUAAUUCUGUUCCCAAAAAGUUGAAUAGUUUAUGAACUUAAGGAAAUUUGUGUAGUUCUUGUUUAUAUCAUUCUUAUAGGUCCAUCCAGGUAGUGAGUUUUAAUUAAACCAAAUAGAAGAAGUCUCUCUACAGGGUUGUAACUUACUGGCUUUUCCCAGCUGGAGCAGCAGCUACUUUGAAGCUGUAAGGGUCUCUGCUACUGACGUCAUGGCACAGAAGUACAAGUGUGGUGCUUCCUGUGGACAUGGCACCUUUCUAGUGUGCAGCCACUGGGAAAGGAAAGUUGGACCAUGUUUGACCAGAAUGUCACUUGCGGGCAUAUCCCACAUCUGGCAUUUAAAACUAGGAUGAUUUCUACUAUACACAGGCUGUAUUUGUUAACAUUCAAGCCUCUUCUACGUUCCACAUAGAAGGAAAACAAUGUAGCUAUCUUGGAGAAUUAGGAAGAUAGUAUCUGGGAAUGUACUCUUCAGUUCAUACACCUUUCUCUAUAAAGCAGAGCCAGAAGUAACUGACUAUUGUGCCUAAGACUGUUGCAUUUUUUAAAACAAGUGCCAUUAAUAUGGAAUAUCUAAUGUUAAGUAUAUGAAAUGUAUAUAUUAACUCAGUUUAGCUCUUCUACAGCAUAUGCACAUUUCAAAACAUGUACAUGGUACAUAUAUUACAGUUUUUAAUUUGCCAAGUAAUAAAUUUUUAAAAUAUGGAACAGUUAAUAGAAGCUUAGAACAAAAAUGUAAAGAGAAAUACCUGGUGUUUGAGAAAUGUAAGAAUCAUAUGAAAAAAAAAAAACUUUAGAAAUGCUUUAUAUUGUUUUUCAAUGGCUCAUU